AUGCGUCUCCUCCACACGAGGUCACUCAAACUAGUCGAUUUCUUCUCGCACGAUCUGCCACCGUAUGCUAUACUAUCGCAUACAUGGGGCCCGGCGAACGAUGAAGUGCUAUUUGAAGACAUUCAAGCGGGAAGAGAAAAGGUGGAACAAAAGGCAUCAUUCAUUAAGCUCCAUUAUACGGUUAAUCAGGCAAUUGCAGAUGGGCUGGAAUACUGCUGGAUUGACACCUGUUGCAUCGACAAGAAAAGCAGUGCUGAGUUACAAGAGGCUAUCAACUCGAUGUUCAUGUGGUAUGCCAAAGCAACCAUUUGCUAUGUCUUUUUGAGCGACGUUAGUCACAGCAGCUCUGUCAAAGAUGAAGAAGCUCAGUUUCGCAGGUCUCGCUGGCAUUCUCGGGGCUGGACUCUGCAAGAGCUUAUCGCCCCUCGAAAGAUAGACUUCUAUGGCCAUGGAUGGACUUUCAUUGGAACUAAAAGUACUCUAUGUGCAACACUAUCUGAUAUCACUCGAAUCUCACGCGAUAUUUUGAAUGGCAACGCUUCCAUCGAAACUGCCUGCGUGGCUCAACGCAUGUCAUGGGCUUCUCGACGGGAGACAUCGCGACCCGAAGAUCUGGCAUACUGUCUGAUGGGUAUAUUCUCUGUAAAUAUGACAAUGCUGUACGGAGAAGGCGAGAAGGCCUUCGUUCGGUUACAGGAAGAAAUCUGCAAGGAGUCAGACGACCACUCCAUCUUUGCCUGGCAGGACACAGAUGCUGUAGACAGAGGCGAUCUUGGUCAUGGUGUACUUGCUCAACACCCACGUUGUUUUCGAGAUUCAUGGGCAAUUUCUGUUGAGGAUAAAAGACACAAAAGCAAUGGUCCUCCUAUUUUUUACAUAUCCAGGUCGCCAAUUGCAAUGGUGAAUCAAGGACUGCAGAUGAAUUCCUACCUUCUAACUUUAAAAUCAUUAGGGGCCGACAUUUGCAUCCUAAUCCUGAGGUGCUGGAUCAAACUGCCUCUUCACGCAGACAAGGGAUACAUUGGCAUACUUGUCCGACCCAAAUAUCUGCAUAGCCCAGGUACAAUGCACGUACGACUCAGAUCAGAUAUUCUUGUUCUUUGCAAGCACAGGCCGCACCUGACGAAAGAAAUCACGCUUUCAAAGGCAGGCUCCUAUAUUCUUGAUAGUGACAAGUCUUGGACGGACCCUGAAGACCUUCAAGUUUGUCACUACACGCUUGGUCGAGUCAAGUGUGACCAAGCCAGCUCGAGGCCAGAUUUGAGACUUUCACCAGUCUAUAUCUCACAGGGUAGUCUUGAGUCGUGGGCGGUGAUAGCCUGGACCGCACUCCAUCGCCUUAGUGAAAGGAUGGAGGCAAGGGAAAGGAAACGUUUGGGAAGUAUCACUUUCCAUGGAGAUAAUGAAAAUGACUUUACCAUUAAACUGGCACUUUAUCGGGGCGUCCGGGAUAAUCAGUUCUUUCCGGACAAGACCACAGUCUACAGAGGCGAAGUAUGUUGGGAUAAUCGGUUUGAGACGGAAUCGUGGGUACCUGCAGUGAGAAGUAUAAAUUGUGGAGAUGAACAAAGAGUCCACAUUUAUGUCGAUGAAAUUAGUAAUAUCAAGGAGCCGGACUUAUUCACCGGGCUUCUUGAUUUUACUUUCCUUAUUCGUAUCAAACCACGGACGAGCCAAAGACCGACAAGAUAA